AUGAAGCCUAAGGCGUAUAUUAAUGAUGCUAAGACAGCACUGGAAUUAGCUGAGUCCAGUGAAUGGAGUGCAUUACACCGUCUUGUUACCGCACAAGCCGAGCGCGCUGAUGACAUGGAUGACUUUGGUAUGAUGCCAUUGCACUGGGCUUGUACGGAUACACAUGUACCUUUGCGUGUCGUAAAGAAGUUAGUAGACGUAGCUCCGUCUGCUUUAAGCCACAAGAAUAAGGGUGGUUUGUUACCGCUGCAUAUUGCCGUUAAGGCAGCUACAAAGCUGGAAGUUCUACGCGCACUUGUGCAAGCGGCACCUGAUAUGGCCAUGUGUCUUUUUGAGGAAACACCGACAGGAGAAACGCCUGCUGAAUUGGCUAGAGCGUACCAACUUACAGAUGAUAAAGUGAAUUUCUUAGUAGAGGCAGAAGCGAAGCUCCGUGCAGAAGGUAAAGCACCGGAUCGUCCGAGUGCAAGGUUCCAAGCCUUUUUAAACCAACCAGGUGGCUUUCCUUUUUCAUCGAAUCGUAUGGCAAGAGUCAGUAGCUUUAGGAAGUGUCCAUCAAUGGGUGGAAGUGAUAAGGAAGGAGUUGCUGGACAUGACGAUUGGGUGAACACUAGGACGACGGCUUAUUCUGUUAGCAGUUCAUCAAGACUGCCUGACGGAUUAUCAGACGUUCCGUUGCCGCCACGUUGGCGACUGGAUAAGAGAUGUAACAUUUGCCAGCUCAAGUUUAGCUACUUUAAGACACGCCACCACUGCCGUUCGUGCGGUGAGUCGGUGUGCAGCACGCACUCGAACAAGCGCGCCCCGCUGCAUCACUUGGGACUCAAGACCCCACAGCGCGUGUGUAUUUUGUGCUACGAUGAUUUGCGGGAGAAUGGUGCACCAUCAGCUGUAGUCAACAUGUAUGGUCAUGGACGUCACGUUAGCUUACCGUUAAUGGAAUCUAACAUAAUGCGAGAGGAAUCAAUGCCACCUACUGACUAUGAAAAGGGUACAGGUCGACCGCCACUGCGCUCCAUCAACAGCAUGGUGUCACUGACGGAUACAUCAUCAAGCAGUCGCGACUCGACGUUUCAGAGCCAGUCGGAUGCCGACCGUACUUUACCUACUUCAAACACUCCACCCCGCGUUACUUUGGACGAUAAAAGCGCAGAAGCGAUAGGUAACCGGGAUGACCGCGAACCAGUUUUGACGACGGCAUUGCCUUUUGAGGAUGAUUCUUGGGGACGUCCACGUGCCUGGACAGACGUAGACUCAACCGAGAAAUAUCAGGACAUGCACGAGCAAGUGCGCGAGCUGGAGUCGCAUGUGCAGGAGCUGACGUUAGCGAAAUCUCGCAUUGAAAAGAAACUUGAAGAUGCAACUCGUAUGGCUGCAGAGGCAAAGAAGGAGCGUAGUGUAGUGGACGCGGAUGUAGCUAAGCUUCGUAACAACCGGAUUAUUGAUGUUAAUCGUAUCUCACUGGAUGAUGAUAACGACGAAGGCGAAGAGAAUCAGGAGAAUGUGAACGGCAAGACGGAUGAUUUCGAUGACACCCAAGUUCAGAACCGCCGAUUGUCCAUGCAGGUUGAAAAGACGAUUGAAUUGGUUGAGGAUAUGGAAGUGAACGUUGCUGAGACGUGCAACUAUCUAGGGCAGGUUUUCCUUGAUCGUAGCGAGUACAAUAGCGCUGUUGUGGAAUUUCGCAAGUCGGUGGAAGCUAACCGAAAAGACGUGGACGCAUGGAUUAACCUGGCGCGUGCUCUCCACGGCGCUGGCGAGUUUUACGAUGCCGAGAUUGCUGUCCGGCGUGCAUUGGCUUUAGCUCCCAAAAACUACAUAUCACUUUCGUUGCUGGGCAAGAUUCUUCACUCGAAGGGAGAACACGACAGAGCUGUCGAUAUGUUCCGUGAGGCGUUGAGCUUAAUGGACCAGCAGGAAGAUUCUGAUGAUGAUGUCGGUUCAAUGACCGUUGGAUGGUGA